CCUGCCCUCUUGGUCGAGGACUGUGAGCUUUGGGGGAAAUGCUCGAUUUCUUCUUAUGCCUUCUGUAGGUGGGGAUUCCCGUGGCCACCUUCAAACAUGGACUCCUGGGAUUCGCUUGGCUUUUUAAUCCUCGUCCUCAACUACAAUGUGACAAUUAUAGGGAAGGUCUGGUUAACUCUAAUGAUCCUGCUGAGGCUACUGGUGAUCUUCUUCGCAGCGUACCCUCUUUACCAAGACGAGCAGGAGCGCUUCAUCUGCAACACCUUGCAACCAGGAUGCGCCAAUGCGUGCUACGACAUGUUUGCCCCCGUAUCCCAUUUUCGAUUCUGGCUCGUUCAGACCGCCUCCGUCCUGUUCCCUUAUACCAUGUUCUGUGUCUACGUGUUUCACAGCGUGGCCAGGCAGCUCAUGAAGGCUCAUUCCAUGCCUUAUCGUCGGUACAAAGAGAUCAAAGCCACAUCAGGCCACAAAACUUCAAAGAAGUCUUCCAAAGGGGGAGCGGGGAGCCGAGUCCCCUGUGAGGCAAACAAAAUGGAUAUUCCUGAUUUUUCCAGAGCAUAUACGGUCCAGCUUCUUCUGAGAAUGCUGGUCGAAGCCUGUUUUGGGUCAGGCCAUUACUAUCUUUUUGGAUUUUUUGUUCCCAGACGUUUUGCCUGCUACCAGUUUCCUUGUGCAAGCUACGUUGAGUGUUUCGUGUCCAGGCCCACUGAAAAAUCCAUCAUGAUGUUCUUCAUCUGGGGGCUCAGUGGCUUCUCCUUCCUCCUCAGCCUCAUUGACCUGACCUUUGUCUUCCGAAGCAGCAUUGUCAGGAGUCACCGAAAUAAGCUACUGCUGGAAAGGCUCGGAGCUGAGGAGAGAUGUGGGCCCCGGGUGCUCCAAGACAACAAGCCAAGCAAAGACUUACUUGACUUUGGGCGAGGAGACCAAGGCAUUCUAGUCACCCCGGGCAACUGUGAUAAUGUUAAGUCUUGUCUGCUUGGCUGUGAAGUUAAGGAAGACGUGCCGUUUCAACCUGCGUCGACUUCCCAGCCAACAAUUAGUUUUAACCUGAACAGUAAUAAGCCAUGUGUUGCCGCAAAUCAAGAUGGCAAGGCAGUGCCCUUUCAGGGAGGCGAACCACGUGAGAUUUCGCGCGAGCAAUCCAGAUGCAGUCCACUGCCGUGUCCCCUGAAAGGAGCUUUAGCUCUCAAGCCCCAAAACGGGUGCCCUCGGUCUGCGAGUUUCAGCAAGCCUUCGGUUCAUUAUUCUUUGGAGAGGAAGGCUUCCGACGUUCAGUCCGUCUGCAGCAGUGCUGGAUGCUCAAAAUCUAAAAAAUCUGAAUGGGUGUGA